AUGAGAAGCCCAUAUUUCUUACUACUCUCUGGGACAGUAGCCAGAGCAAUUGUAGCUGCAGAAGCCCCUCGGCCACGGGGCGUUGGCCCUGAAUUUGCCAAAUACUACAAAGACUCGGAAACGUUCACAUGCAUAUCUGCCCCCUCGAUACACCUUUCCGUUGCUCGUCUAAACGACGAUUUCUGCGACUGCCCUGACGGUUCCGAUGAACCUGGCACCUCUGCCUGCGCACACCUUUCUCCCCUCUCUCCGGCCUUCCUUGGAUCGACUCCCAGCGAUGAUUUAGAUACUACAACUGCACUACCUGGCUUUUACUGCAAGAAUAAAGGCCAUCACCCAAGCUAUGUCCCUUUUACAGUUGUUAAUGAUGGCGUCUGCGACUACGAGUUUUGCUGCGAUGGGAGUGAUGAAUGGGCGAGGGUUGGCGGUGUGAAAUGCGAGGACCGGUGCAAAGAGAUUGGCAAGGAAUGGAAGAAACAGGAUGAGCAGAGGCAGAAAUCGCUCUCCAAUGCAGCGAAGAGGAGGAAGGAGAUAGUGGCGGAUGCUGAGAGACUGAGAAAGGAGGUCGAAGACCGAUUACAGUCGUUGCGAACAGAGAUUCAGGGCGGAGAGAUGAAGGUGAAGGCUCUUGAAUCAGACCUGGCGGAGGCUGAAAGACAGGAAAGGAGUAAGGUCGUCAGGAGUCCCAAAGAACUAAGUAAGAUGGGCCUGUUGGCCCAGCUUGCGAAGGAUAGGACAGAGGAGCUUCGGGAAUCACUAGUGGAGGUGCGAGUUCAGAGAGAUACGGGCAAAGAGAGGAUUGCAGAGCUGGAAGGGAUACUGUCAACGUUCAAGGAGGAGUACAACCCUAACUUCAACGACGAAGGUGUUAAGAGAGCUGUCAGGAGCUGGGAAGAAUAUGCUGCCCGGGACAAGCCUGCGCUUGGCGAUGAUGCCCAUGACCGAGACCUCGACGAGAUAGCGAAGCCCGAUGGUGAGACUGGCGCUAUCAAGUGGAGUGAAUGGGAGGAGCCUGAGGAGAGUGAUGUCGGCGUUCUCUACAAAUUUGCAGCCUACCUCCCCACCACCGUGAGAGACUGGCUUGACCAAAAGCUCCGCGACUUCCGGGUGAUACUUGUGGACAACGGCAUCCUCGCCGCCACUCACUCCCCUGAUGGCGAAUCCAAAGGACUCGCAGAUGCCCGUAACGCUCUCAAAGCCGCCCAAGACAGCCUGAACGAGAACAACAAGCAACUCAAUACCCAUCAAGAAGACCUCGACAAAGAUUACGGCGCCGACGAUGUGUUCCGCGCUCUCAAAGGGCAGUGCGUCAGCAAGGAUUCUGGUGAGUAUACAUACGAGCUAUGCUGGCUGGACAAGACGAAGCAGAAAUCGAAAAAAGGCGGCUCUCAGACUGUUAUGGGAAAUUUCGUGUCCGUCGAAAGAAUCCUGGUUGAUGAUGAGGUCCCACCUGACGGAAAGGGGCUAGGCAGUGGGGAGAGAGUGGCGCUGAGAUAUGGGAAUGGGCAACAUUGCUGGAAUGGACCGAAUAGGAGUACGCUCGUUGUGCUGGCAUGUGCAGAGAAGGACGAAGUAUGGAAGGUAACAGAGGAAGAGAAGUGUGUGUAUAGGAUGGAGGUGGGGACGCCUGCUGUCUGUGGAGUGGGCGAGAAGAGGGAGGAGAGGCCUAAAGAUGAGCUAUAG